CUGUGAACAAGGAUUUAGGUUUUUUUCGGAUUUACUAUCAGUGGGGACGGGGGCAAUAUGAACUCCAUAGCGCUUCCAUGGCCGUUCGGGCGAGGGUCUAAGCUCGGGAAGCCGCGCAAGGAGGAGGAGAAAGUAGCCCAGCUCGAGGAAUUUGGUGUGACGCAGCAGCUCCUCGCUUUCCUGAAGGAUUUCACCGUAGAUACCUUCAAAAAUUUUCCUCUUAAAGAUGAGGCAAUGUCACUUUUCUCCGCUGCUGCUUCAGAUGAUCCAUCAGCGGAUGGCGAUGUUGGUACUUCGGGGAGCAGUCUGAGUAAGGAUCUUAGCGAGUGGCAGGAGCGCCACGCCCUACUUCUUCUCACCAAAGCCACGGAGAUUUCAAGGAUCAGAUACGCUUUAUGUCCACGGUUUUUAAAGGACAAACAGUUUUGGAGAAUAUACUUCCAUCUAGUGAAGAACUAUGUUGCUCCUUAUGAGAAACGUGCUAUACAAAAGGACAUGAUUAAAAAGCACUUGGAGAAUGACAAAUUUUGUGACAAGGCUGCAGUUGAAGUUGAGAUGAUGGAAUCAAAGCUUCCGUGCUAUCCACAAACUGUUCUACAUGCCAGUGAAAGUGGUGGCGAAGGAACAGACGAGAGUCCCCAUGGAAAUCUCCCCUCAGUUUGAGAAAAUAAUAAGAGAUAUGAAUAGUAACUUAUGUUUCAAGCUAUUCUCCUUUUGAAGUUGAAAGAUGAAGUUGCCGUCUCCCAAUAUUUGGCAUUUUAGAGAUAAGAAAAGGGACAUUUAAGUACAUAGCAUACAAUUCUUAUGUAUUUACAUAUCUCACACUUAUACUUUCAUAUUUUCAGUCAGAAUUUUGGUGCUUUACCUAUGUAUGAAAAAUGUGAAUUUGACUUUUAAAACGUGGUUGUAGAGCUAUGUUUGAUGUAAUAUUAAAAAUUUGAGUGUUAUGUCUGUAAAUAUGAAAGUUAAGGUGUGAGAUUUGUAAAUACAUAAGAAUUGUGUGCUGUGUACGUAAAUGCCUCUCAAGGGAACUGCUCUGUUGUGUCCAGUAAACUGACACAAGGACCAUAACAAGGAUUUUCUGACAUGGCGGCAUUAGUAUAAGCAAAUGUAAAGAAGAGAGUUUUUGACGAACAAAAGUCUUAACAGUUAACAAUGUGAUGAUCAUACACAUAUUUAGCAUUAGAUAACAAUUCCCUUGCAA